AAGAAUGAGAUGGGUGCUGAGACCGCCGGACAGUGAGGAUAUGAUGGUGUAUAGUAAGAUUUGUUACUAAUUAAGUAGAGAUUAUAGAUCUUCAAAUUUUUGUUAAUGGCAUCAAUUAAAGGUUUCUUCUUUAAUUCCUUCUUGUCCACUUGUGCUCUUCUCUUGGUUUCUAUAAAAGAUAAGAUGGUAAAGGCUUUAGAGCAUAGCAAUAGCUACAUCAAAUACUAUUGGUUGUUUCUUAGAGCUAAUUUGGAUAAUGGAUUGAAACCUUUGGAGAAUGAGGCCUUCAAGAUUGGUCAAUUGUUUGCAUCAAAAGAACAAUUCAAACAAGCUGUUAAGACAUACGACAUUAACAAUAAGAAGCUUGUGAAAUUUGAGAGAGACAACAAGGAUAGAGUUAAUGUGCAGUGCAUGGAACUGUGUCCAUGGAAACUUCGUGCAUCAAAGGUGUCUAACGGUGCAAAAGAUCCAACAUUUCAAGUGAAAAUAUAUGUUGAUAAUCACACUUGCUGCACUAAUUUGAAGAACCCCAAAAUGACAGCAACUUGGCUUAGCCAAAAAUAUCUCCAUCUUAUCCAAGCUAAUGCUAAUCUUUCAAUACCAGCAUUUGAAGAUAUUGUGUACCAAGACUACACUAUUAUUGUGCCUAGAGUAACUUUAUGGAGAACUAGGGAAUUGGCAAAGAUUAGAUUGGCAGGUACAGAUAAAGAGCAAUACAAAAUGAUUGGGAGAUAUAUCAAGGAGCUAGAGAAGGCAAAUGAGAGGAACACAACAAUAUACAAGCUAUUAGAUAAUGGAAUGUUUGACAGCUUUUAUGUUUGUUUAGCUCCAUGCAAACAAGACUUUAUCGCUGGUUGUAGACCAAUAAUGUGCUUGGAUGGUUGUUGGUUAAAAGGCAGAUAUGGGGGUCAAUUACUCACAGCCAUUGGUAUUGAUGCUAAUGAUUGCAUUUACCCCAUUGCAUGGGCCACAGUUGGUACAGAGUGCAAAGAAACAUGGACAUGGGGCAAGGGGUUGAAAGAUGCUUUAUGGAGUGCAGCAAGAGCCACUAUAGUUGAUGAAUUUGAAAGGUGUAUGCAAAAAAUCAAGGAACUAGAUGUCAAUGCCUACAAUUGGUUGGUGAGUAAGCCACCUCAACAGUGGUCCAAAUCAAGGUUUGAUACCUACCCCAAAUGUGAUAGUCUAGUGAAUAACUUGUGUGAGUGCUUCAAUAGAGUUAUACUUGAUGCAAGGGAUAGGCAUGUGUUGAGCAUGAAUGAGGAAUUCAGAUCUAAAUUGAUGAAAAGAUUUUAUAGAAGGAGGAAGUUAGGUGAGAAGUUUCCUGGUAAAGUGUGCCCUAGAAUAGUGAAGAAGCUUAUGGCAAACCAAAAGCUUUCCGGAAAAUAUUGGCCUGAACCUUCAACAGUUAAAAAAUUCCAAGUUAGAAGCCCAAACCACCAAUACAUUGUUGACCUUGAUGAGAGAAGAUGCAGUUGUAGAAGGUGGGAUUUGAAUGGCAUAGCUUGUGCACAUGCAAUAGCAGCUAUAUCUCAUAAUAAUGAAGAUCUAGAAGCUUAUAUUGCACAUUGGUAUUCUAUUGAGAUGUUUGUAAGAUCAUAUGCUUGUGAAAUUGAUUGCAUCAAUGGUCAGGACAUGCGGCCAAAAAGUUCCUUGCUUCCAUAGCCUCCACCAUUAAAGAAGACUACUGCUGGCAGACCAAAAAAGAAGAGACGAAUGGAUGCAGAUGAAGCUACAUCUACCAAGGCAACCAAAUCAACCAAGUUGAAAGAGACCGGAGUUAAAAUGUCAUGCAGGAGGUGAGGGCAUAAAGAUCAUAAUAUAAG